AUGGCUCGGUACACACCCAAUGGCCUUGCUUCGGCAAUGCAAUCGCUGCGGUUGAACAGCACAUUAUCAACCCGGCCCAGUUUCCCGGUUUUCCGCCAGACAAUCCGCAGGUAUACCACCGAGAUCGAGACCGAGACUCCGAGCGCUCAGCCCGAGAUCCCCGUGCCAGUGCAGCAGUCAGAGCAGCAGCUAGAGCAGCAACCGGAGCAGCAGCAAGAGCAAAAGCAGGAGCAGAAAUCCCAGAUCCCAACGCAGCAGAAGGAGCAGUUGCCGCCAACACCACCACCCUCGGAAGUGACCGCAGCGCCCAAGAUCAACUUCGACCUAUUCCGUCUCCAACCCGCCCGUAUCAUUCCCGCGUCUCCCUCCUACUUCUCCGGUAACCCGCGCUUCAUCGACCAUGUCCUCCGCCUCGAAGCUAUGCAAGCCAAAUACGCCGGUCUCCCUACAGUAACCGCCGGUGAUGCACCACGCAUGGCCUGGUUCAAGCUGGCCCAGUUCCGUGACUUCGUGGGCGAGGCAGUGCCAGUCAAGAAAUACAAGAGUCUGGUCAAGAUUCUCCAGCAGUUGAACCGGAUCGAGCCCAACAUCGUACCUACAGAGGUGCGCAGUGCGCUCAAGGACUUCCUACGUCCCGGAAACCCGUACGCAGCCCAGAGUGCGCCGCGUGUUGUGGAUGAGAAUGGACGUGCGCGAGCCAAGGGCAAGCGUAAGGAGUCGACUGCUGUCGUUCACCUUGUCGAGGGCGAGGGCGAGGUCCUUGUUAACGGCAAGGGGAUGGUCGAAGUUUUCCAGCGCGUGCACGAUCGCGAGAGUGCUCUUUGGGCGCUCCGGUCUACUCAGCGUUUGGAUAAGUAUAAUGUGUGGGCUACUGUCAGUGGUGGUGGUGUGACAGGCCAGGCCGAGGCUAUUACCUUGGCUAUUGCGCGUGCCUUGUUGAUUCACGAGCCGGGCUUGAAGCCAGUUUUGCGAAAGGCUGGUGUUAUCACUGUCGAUGCUCGUCGUGUGGAGAGGAAGAAGCCCGGUCACGUCAAGGCUCGCAAGAUGCCUACCUGGGUCAAGCGUUGA